AUGAAAGCUGAGAUCCCUCUAAACGUCUCUACCUCUGAGGCCACGAGGUCCUACUCCUUUCUCAGCAGUGAUGGGACUCGCUGUGUGGCAUGGAGGAGAUAUGAUGGAACAUUUUACACCACCAAAGAGCCAGAAGAGCUGAUUGACCCUGUUGUUGGAGCUAUCCAAAGCGGUAAUGUGGAUGUUUUGCUGGAGAUGAUCGCUGCUGGGAGAAGUUUGAGAGAGAGAUCUCAGCAGGGCUGGAUUUCUCUGCAUGAGGCUGCGGCUCAUGGACAGGAGGAAUGCCUUCAUGUGUUGUUGACAGUGCACCCUGAGCUGAUUAACAGGCGUGACCUGAAACAGCGCACUCCUCUCUUUUUGGCUGUGGAAAGUGAUCAGCUUGCCUGUGUGGAGUGUCUUCUUGAUUGGGGCGCUGAUCCAAACAUUGGCAAUAAGGAUAGAGAGACCCCCCUGCAUGAAGCCUGUGAGGUGGAGAAUGCAGAGAUGGUGAAGCUCCUCCUGAAUGCUGGUGCUGAUGUGAAUAAGAGCUGCAUCCAAGGCUGGACUGCUCUCCAUGAGGCUGUGUGCAAGAACAAUGUGGAGAUCUGUGAGAUGUUACUGAAGGCAGGUGCCAAAAUCAGCACACCCAACAUGUACGGCCUAACACCCGUCUUUGUGGCAGCUCAAACUGGAAAUGUAGAGGCAUUAAGCCUCCUCAUACAGUACGGUGCAAAUGUCAACAGUCAGGCAAGUGAUGGUGCAACUGCCCUGUUUGAAGCCUGUAAGAACGGCCAUGAGAGGGCUGUAAGACUGCUCCUGCUGAAUAAUGCAGACGCCAACCAACAGACCAAAACUGGACUCCUCCCACUUCACACUGCUGCCCAACGUGGCCAUCAUGGAAUUGUUUCCUUGCUGAUUCCAGUCACUAGCAGAGCCAAAAUACAGUGCAGUGGCAUCAGCCCCCUCCAUCUCGCUGCUGAACACAAUGAAGAUGAUGUCCUGGAGCUCCUGCUCCAGGCUGGCUUUGACGUGAAUGCUCUGCUGGCUCCAGAGCGUUCUUGCAUGUAUCUGGACCGGCGUACCACAGCGUUGUACUUUGCUGUCAGUAACGGAAACACUGAAGCCGCUGCCACUCUCUUGAAAGCUGGUGCCAACCCCAACCUGGACUACUUCAGGCCCAUACUGGUGGCUUUGAGGCAGGGCUCCGUACAGAUGGUACAGCUGCUUGUGGAAAAUGGAGCCGACGUAAAUGUCCACAUACCGUACAUGUUGACCAGUUUUCCAGUCCCGCUCUGCCUAAACUACCUGCCCUUGCUGAAGCUCCUCAUGGACAAUGGAUGUGAUGCUCUGUCUUGCUUCCAGUGCAAGUAUGGAAACAAAUCACAUCCAUCCCUGAAGCCCAAUUCCAAGGAUGGUCUCAGUGUCAACAGAGAGGAACAAUGCAUGCAGUUCUGUGAGAUGAUCUCCCAUCCUACAGUGAGUCGCUGGGCAGGACCCAUCAUAGACCUGCUGUUGAAUUAUGUGGGUCAUGUUAAACUCUGCUCCAGACUCACUGAGCAGCUAGACAGCAAUAAGGAAUGGGCCUACAUCAAGGACAGAACAAGGGCUCCAUGUUCACUGAAGCAUCUCUGCAGACUGAACAUCCAUCACCAUGUUGGGCCACACAGACAGAGUAGAAUCAACAAACUCCCUCUUCCAAGAAGACUAAUCCUGUAUCUGCACCAUGAGGAGUAA